CUCAGAAUCCCAAAGAGGUUGAUUUCCAAGCGACACUUUUGUGGACAAAAGAGUCUCGCGGUAUAUAAGUUACCAUCCCGUCGUUCUUAGGCUUGCAAAGAUGCCGAACGACAUUCCUCCCUUUCCCGAGCAUCCAACAACACCCAGCACGAUUCCCCUCCUCUUCCCUUGACAAACCACAAGCACACCAGAGAAAGCCACACGUAAAUAGCCAACCCAAACAAACAACAACCAUGUCCAGGAACAUCAAAUCAGUCCCGACAUCCGCCUACGACGAGGUGAUCCAAACCGUCCAAGCCUACGUCCAGGCCGUCGCAAAGGCGGACCGCGCCCUCCUCGACCUCGCCUUCCACACCGACGCCACCAUGACCGGCUGGGCGCCCGCCGACGGCACGCUCUCCUCGGGCUCCUACAGAAACCUGCACGCCUUCUUCGACACCUACGGCCCCGGCCCGUCCACCAAGGCGAGGUGCGACGUCCUCGCCAUCACGCCCACGACCGCCGUCGUCAGGGUCGACAUGGAGGACACCCCCGACGGCCCGCCCUACACCGACUUUCACACGCUGAUCAAGGUCGAAGCGGGGUGGAAGAUCAUUGCGAAGGUGUUCCAUGCCUACGAGUCUUAAG